CCGCCGCCGCCGCCGGAGCUCUGUAGUAUGGCAUCGAGGAGAAUGGAGACCAAACCUGUGAUAACCUGUCUCAAAACCCUCCUCAUCAUCUACUCCUUCGUCUUCUGGAAACUGCCAAACUGGUCUCCAAAAUGGUUGUACUGUUUUACAUCCACAUCUACAGUUCCAGUUUCUCCAUAUCCUCACUAACACUUGGCAUGAUCACUGGGGUGAUCCUGCUGGCCGUUGGAGUCUGGGGCAAACUUACUCUGGGCACCUACAUCUCCCUGAUUGCUGAGAACUCCACAAAUGCUCCCUAUGUGCUCAUUGGAACUGGCACCACCAUUGUGGUCUUUGGCCUAUUUGGAUGCUUCGCAACCUGCCGUGGUAGCCCGUGGAUGCUGAAACUGUAUGCCAUGUUUCUGUCCCUGGUGUUCCUGGCUGAGCUGGUCGCUGGCAUUUCAGGCUUUGUGUUUCGUCAUGAGAUCAAGGACACCUUCCUGAGGACUUACACGGACGCCAUGCAGAAUUACAACGGCAAUGACGAGAGGAGCCGGGCUGUGGAUCAUGUGCAGCGCAGCCUGAGCUGCUGUGGUGUGCAGAACUACACGAACUGGAGCACCAGCCCCUACUUCCUGGAGCAUGGCAUCCCCCCGAGUUGCUGCAUGAAUGAAACCGACUGCAAUCCCCAGGAUCUGCACAAUCUGACUGUGGCGGCCACCAAAGUGAACCAGAAGGGUUGUUACGAUCUGGUGACCAGUUUCAUGGAGACCAACAUGGGGAUCAUCGCUGGAGUCGCUUUUGGAAUCGCAUUCUCCCAGCUGAUCGGCAUGCUGCUGGCCUGCUGUCUGUCCCGAUUCAUCACGGCCAACCAGUAUGAGAUGGUGUAAGGAAGUCUUUCAAGAACGAUGGAAUAAGAGACCUGCUUUCAAAAGGAACCACAGCAAUCUUUGAGAGACUUCCCGAGGAUGAUAGAGCACAGUCCAUAACACACCUGCCCCGCGCUCCCUAACCCCCAGCCAGCGUGCAACUGACCCGCCCACACGGUCUCUGCUCCACCUUCCAGCCCGCAUCCUGUGUAGCGUUCCAUUUGGUGAAGCCCCGUCAUGCAGAGUGUACCCGGGUUCCCUGCAUCCAGUCCUAGUGGACCCCUCCUGAGGCCCCAUGCGUGCCGGCCCCUCCAUCCGUACUCGAUCCGACUCUAGCUCCUUGUAGAUGACUGGUUAGCGCACUGUCCCUGGCCCCGCUGGGCCCUGCAUGUAGCGUGGAAGGCUCCUGCAAGCCCUUCGUCACGAUCGGUAAAUGCCUUGCCCCUUGGUGUAGAUAAGCUGAUAGCGAUCUGUUCUUUUGGCUUAAUCUCCUUCAGUUUGGUUUUCCCUUUACUAAGGCUCUUUCCUACCUUCUUCAGGCUGCCUAGGAUAUGUAAAGAGACAUAGCAGUAAUCGCCAGUGAGAAGAGAAAGCCUGUGUCAUGCAUGAAGGAAAUUGUUGAGGGUUAGGUGGCCUCCUUGCUCAUUAUUGUUACGUGCCUGGGCGUGUAUAGACAGUUUAGUGCCCCCAUGCCCCCCCACGCAGUUGAAACCUGUAUAAUCCUGUUACCAAGCUGUAUUGUUGCCUCCUGUGAAGGAAAUAAUAUUACUUCUGUUCUUCCCCAAUUAAUUGCUGUUGCAUUAUUUUACUUGUUUCUGUACUUUUUUUCUUUGCAUCGACAUUACAGACAUCGAGGACCUCAUCAAAUCAAUUUAAAAACGAGUGUGAAGGGGGAACAAAAGUCAAAAUAUUUUUAGAAGGUCUUAAGAAACAAUGCCUCUGUCUAGCAUGCCAACAAGAAUGCAUUGAUAUUGUGAACAUUUGUGAUACAUGUAUUAAUAAAUAGAAUCAUUACAAA